UUUAGACUCCUCACCAAGUCCAGCGGAGUCUAUUUGCUGUUCAGGGCAGUGGAGUGAGCUGGACAUGAUUUCCACGAGGGUGAUGGACUUGAAGCUUCGGGAGGCCGCAGAAGGCCUCGGGGAGGAUGGCACAGGAAAGAAAAAGUCCAAAUUCAAAACAUUCAAGAAGCUCUUUGGGAAGAAGAAGAGAAAAGAAUCUCCAUCGACCACAGGAGAAAGCACCUGGAAACAAAACCAGGCCAAAAGCGAGGUCAUUGCCAUAGAGUCGGGGCCCGUGGGCUAUGACUCUGAGGAUGAACUUGAGGAGUCCAGGGGCACGCUGGGCAGCCGCGCCCUCUCUCAUGACAGCAUUUUCAUUCCUGAGGCCGGACAGGACCCUGCUCGGCCUGUGAGAGUGUUUUCUCAAGAAAAUGUGUGUGACCGGAUUAAAGCUCUGCAGCUAAAAAUACAAUGUAACGUGAGAAUGGGACCGCCGCCUCCAGGGGGACUUCCUGCCAAGCGGGCCGAGGACACCGGCAUGAGCUCUGAGGAUGACGGGCUGCCCCGGAGCCCCCCAGAGAUGUCCCUCCUGCAUGACGGGGGCCCCAGCACCACCAUCAAGAUCUCUCUAGUGCCCUCAUCCCGGCCGCAGUCUCCAGAUCACGUGGGCGAUGCCACCGGCUCCUCCCGGACGUCCGACAGCUUGGCACCUGUGGCUGAUUUCAGCUGCCCCCCAGAAGCCUCCUCCUGCCUGGACAAUUCCGCUGCGAGGCACAAGCUCCUGGUCAAGCCUCGCAACCGUAAGAUGAGGCGGCUGUCUUCGCGGGCGCAGUCGGAAUCCCUGAGCGAUCUGCUGUGUUCCCCGGAGGAGGAAGGCUACCACGAGAGGCUGUUCGCCCAGGUCAGCAUGGACGUCAGCUUCGGGCAGCAAGAGUCGAUGCUGGACAGCGAGCCGGAGCGCGCGGCACCCCGCGUCUUGCCGGCCCCCGGGGGGGCCCGCGCCCGGCGCGCGCGCCUGCAGCACUGCCCGGCGCUGCAGGCCAGCGUGGAGGAGGGCACCCCGCCCGGGGCGGCUCCCCCCGGCCGCCCGGCCGCCCCGCAGCUCGCCGGGCCCGGCUCCGAGGCCCCCCCGGAGCUCCAGGAGGAGGAGCCGCCCGCCGCGAGCCCGCGCGCCCCGGCCCAGGACGCGGCCCGGGAGGGGCUUCCUGCUCCUGGAGGCGCGGAAGGGCCACCGUCCCCCUGUGCGGCCCAGGGGAGCACGGCGCCCCCCGAGCCUGUCACCGUCGCCUUGGAGACACCCCCUGCUGCAGACGGGGCAGCCCUCGGGGUGCCGAGGGCGGAGGAGGAGCCGCGGCCCGAGGCGCCUGGGCCUGCGGGGGCAGAGGUGGAUCCCACCCCGAGCCCGGCCCCGGCCACUCCAGCCCCGAUCGCCCCGGCCACCCCGGCCUCGAGCGCGGCCCCGACCCUGAGUGCCCCGAGCCCGACCCCGGCCGCCCCAGCCCAAGCCCCGGCCACCCCGGCCCUGAGCGCGGACCCGAGCCCGACCCCGGCCACCCCGGCCCCGACCACCCCGGCCCCGGCCCCGAUCGCCCCGGCCCAGGCCCCUUCCACCACUGUCAUGAGCCCGACCCAGGCCGCCCCUGCCACCCUGGCCCCAGCAACCCCAGCCACCCCGGCCCAGGCCCCGGCCACCCCGGCCCAGGCCCCAGCCACCCCGGCCCAGGCCCCUGCCACCCCGGCCCAGGCCCCUGCCACCCCGGCCCAGGCCCCGGCCACCCCGGCCCAGGCCCCGGCCACCCCGGCCCAGGCCCCGGCCACGGCCACCCCGGCCCAGGCCCCGGCCACCACGGCCACCCCGGCCCCGGCCACCCCGGCCCAGGCCCCGGCCACCCCGGCCCAGGCCCCAGCCACCACGGCCCCGGCCACCCCGGCCCAGGCCCCGGCCACCCCGGCCCAGGCCCCGGCCACCCCGGCCCCGGCCCCCAGCCCGGCGCUGCCCAGGGGCGGCCCGAAGCACAAGGCGGCCGCUGAGGACCAGGGCCCCGAAGGACCCCCCACGCCCGCCGUGGGGUCGCCCCCGGGGGAGCCCCGAGCCCAGGACACGGAGGCCACGCCCGCGGAGCCCCCCCACGCGGGUCCCGAGAGGGCCGCGCCGCCGGGGCGCAGGGGCGAGCCCAGGGGCGCCAAGAAGUUCUCGGUGUCCUCGUGCCGGGCGCGCCCCGGGCUCCGCGCCCCGCCGCUGCGGAGCGGCCCGGCCUGGCGCAGCGAGGCGGCCCCGGACGACGCGCCCCGGCCGGACCCCGAGCCCCGGCCCGGACACCGCGCGGAGCCCCCGAGGCCGGCGGAGCGCGACUCCCAGGACCCAGAGGACGCCGGGGCUCGCCGGGCCGGGCCGGGCCGGGGCCCCCAGGAGCCGUCGGCGAGGAGGGACCGCAGCCCCUUCCCGGUCAAGCUGCGCUCCACCUCCCUCUCGCUCAGGUACCGAGAAGGCUCCGCGUCCCAGGAAGCCAGAGGAGCCAAGAGGCACAGCGCCGAGGUCCGGCUGACCCCGCUCCCCGGAGAGGAGCCGUGCGGCGCGUGGCCGGCCCCCGCGCUCCGAGGCGCCCGGGCCCCGAGCGGCCCGGCCCCGGGGAAGGCCCGCCCUCCCGAGCAGCCGGGCGCCAAGCCGCCCCUGCCCCGGAAGCCGCUUCUGCAGAGCCUCACCCUGGCCCACCCGCCCGCAGGCCUGGACCCCAGCCCCGGAGAGCCCGGCCCCGGGAAGGAGAGCAGGACGGCCGAGGAGAGGCCCCCGCCCCGGGCGGCCGUGACCCGUCCCGCACCGGAGGGGCAGCCCAACCCGCCUUGGAUCACCAUGGCCCGGCAGAAGCCGCGGGGUGCUCCAGACCAGCCCCCCAACCAGGAGGACAAGCCUGGGCUGCGGAUCACAAAGCCUGAGGCCGGAAAGCCAGCCAAGCCGCCAGAGAAAGCCCAGGAGCCCAUGAAGCAGGCUGAUUUUGUCCGCAGCAAGUCUUUCCUGAUGCCCCCCGCCAAGCCCGCUGUGACCCAGAGGCAGGGAGCAAAGCUCAGUCUCAAGGAGGGGCUGCAAAGAGGAAUCUCACUGUCUCAUCAGAACCUGGCAGCUCAGGCUACAGCGAUGACGGAGAAGGAGUUGCAUCAGCUCAAAAGAGCCAGUUAUGCCAGUGCAGACCAGCCAUCCUGGAUGGAACUUGCCAGAAAGAAAUCUCAAGCUUGGAGUGACAUGCCCCAAAUCAUAAAAUAGAUUGGCAACGUGCCUGCGAAGAAGGUCUGCUGUGUUGACAGACCACUUAGCUUAAAACUGCCAGUAAAUCAUGGCAGGCAGACUGUGAAACUUCAGAUUGAUUUUAACACCAAGGUACUAAGAACUUGGGAAGAGGAAAGAACCAGGCAACAUAAAGAGGACAAUCACAUAGCCAUAACCCUGGGCCAGAAGGGCCUCAGACAAGAACGACACUGAAAAAAAUCAAGAACGGGUGGGCUCCAUGCCUCUCAGAGGUAUGGAUGUGAGUCUUUUAGAAUUCCCUUGGCAACGAGGCCUCAGAGAGGGCAGCACUUGGAAGAAGCAGGGAUGCGUAAACUGGACACCCCGGGGACCAAAACCAGCCAGUAUCUGUGCUGCCACCCACAAGGAGCCGGGAUCUCUGGCCACUGUCUUGCCCAUGGACCCUGUCACCUUUUGUGUUUACUACUAGGCAUGACAUGUAUGUUAAAACAGAGAUGCUGUUCCUAAGAGCAGCCACAAUGCAAUCGGAUUUCCUGUAGAUAGCUGCUUGGAGAAGGAGAGGAAGAAGCACAGCAGGGUUUAUCAAUUCAUGGACUGUUUCCAAACAUAAUUUUUAAACUUUUUCCACUAGGCUUCUGUGUCCUUAACCCAUGGAACAAUGCAUUGCCUGUUUAAUAAAAGGGUUCAAACAUG